AUGGAACAACUUCUCCUGGGCGCUGUCUCCAGGCAGUUAAAGGACAAGAGGGUCAUUGGGAGCAAUCAGCGUGGCUUGACCAAGGGGGAGUCAUGUGUGACCAACCUGAGAGCCUUUGCUGAAGAUGGACUGGAGGCGUCGGGAAAAGAGGAAACUCAGCUUGGGACCCUCACGUACGACGUGGCAAAAGAGGCCGUUCAGCCCUUCCCUCUGAAGCUUGGGCCCCUCGUGGUGCCCCACACAGAAUCCCCCUGGAACCAGCAGCUCUGUGACAUCAGCGCCCCGGCCGAGGCUUUCCAGGCACUAUCAGCACUACGGCAUCAGACACAGCGCUGGGGGAGAAGCUGCGGGACCCGGCCCUUGGCUGAGCACCACGGGCUGUCGCGCAUCGUGGGCGGCAGCGAUGCCUCCCCGGGAGCCUGGCCCUGGAUCGUCAGCAUCCAGCUUCCCGGGGCAGCGGGCAGCGGGCACAUCUGCGGAGGCUCCCUCAUCCAUCCCCGGUGGGUCCUGACCGCAGGACACUGCUUUGACAAGUACAGGAACGUCCCGACGUGGCGCAUGGUGAUCGGGGCCACCCGACUGUCUGAGCUGGGCCCCGAGGCCCAAGUGCGCAAGAGCAGGCGGCUGCUGAUCCACGAGAGCUACCGCAAAGGCGCCUUGGAGAACGACAUCGCCCUGCUGGAGCUGGACGAGCCCGUGCAGUGCAGCGACUACGUGCAGCUGGCCUGUGUGACUCACUUCUCCGACGUGGUGGUGUCGCAGCUCACAGACUGCCGCGUCGCUGGCUGGGGCUACACCGCGGAAGGCUCUGCAGAAACAUCCGACGUGCUGCAGGAGGCCAAGGUGCGCCUCAUCAAUGUCAAGCUCUGCAACAGCAGCGAGUGGUACGGAGGGGCCGUGCGCAGCUACAACCUGUGUGCUGGCUACCCGCGGGGCGGCAUCGACACCUGCCAGGGUGACAGCGGGGGCCCGCUCGUCUGCAGAGCUCCACACGCCAACUUCUUCUGGCUCGUGGGCCUGACCAGCUGGGGGAAAGGCUGUGCCAGAGCAAAGCAGCCUGGGGUCUACACCUCCACCCAGCACUUCUUCAACUGGGUCCAGUCACGGAUUCGCUCAGGAGGAAGUGCUGCGACACUCGCCCUGCCAAAGAGGCCAUCACAAGGCUCAGCCCUGUUCAUUGGCCUCUGCACCGGUGCUGCAGAAGUGCAGCAAUACCUGUGCACUGGAACCUUUGAAGUGGAGAGUUACUGA